AUGGACAUCACAACUAUUUUGAACAGAAAAGGGUCUACUGCCGCUAUCGCUGCAGAAGCUCAAUUUCAACAGCAAUUUGUGCACCACAACCUGGAUCCUGCCUCGUCACCCAAGAUGAAGCCUGAGCCCGGGGUGUCGGAAGCUUCCGAUCAACAAGUCUUGUCAUAUCCUUCGCACGCUCCGCUAAACCCCAUGUCCAACAUGGCCCAAGACAUGCGGUAUCCGCCUCAUGGACAACCCAAUAGUGGGAUGCCAGUUCUGCAGAAUCCUUACGCCCCUGGAGCUUAUACCGGCAGUGCUCAAAUUCCCAGUGGUGCGCCCCAAAGGGCAGAUCCUCCGCCGAAGACCUUCCACUGCUCGACUUGUGGCAAGGGGUUCGCUCGGCGUAGUGACCUCGCCAGACAUGAGCGAAUCCACACAGGGAUAAGACCGCACGCUUGCGAUUGGCCCGGCUGUGGGAAACAAUUCAUUCAACGUUCAGCUUUGACUGUGCACUCUCGCGUUCAUACAGGAGAGAAGCCGCAUAUGUGCGAAAGAUGCGGCAAGCCUUUCAGCGAUUCGUCUUCCUUGGCUAGACACCGCAGAAUACAUUCUGGAAAACGUCCGUACAAGUGUCCAUAUGCGAACUGUCAGAAGACGUUCACUCGACGCACGACCUUGACGCGUCAUCAGAACCAUCACACGGGAACCAUCGAGGAGGCCGCCGCAGAGACGGAAGCCAACCUGAGACAGAACAAAGAGAGAGCAAGGGUACCUGGUGAUGGGGUUUUCUCCGAGCACGCCUCUGUUCACUCGACGCCUUCCCCUGCGCAUCAUCCCGUGUCGAUUCCACCUCCUGGUGACCUGCCACCUCUGAACAUGCCUCGUUCCGCUGGCGACUACUACAUGGGGAACGGAUCUAUCCCUCCUCACAUUCGGGGGGAUUUCCCACAGGCCAGCCCUCGCUCCUCGCCGACAGCCACGUCGCCGUCUCUCUCGAGCUUCAGCAGUGCACCACACCAACGACCAUCCAUGACCUCGCACCCCUCUGGCUACGCCCCCCCUCAGCCGCUUGAGCCGCCUGCUAAUAGUGAUCACCGGCCAAACAGCGUCAGCGGGAGUCCGCACAUGACGAGUCUGGGCUGGGCCUCGCCCUCUCACGGUAGCAUUCCGUCUCCGGGGUCUGUGAAUGAUUUCAACUACCCUGAGCCAAGUGGUCCAGCUUAUCCCAGCUCCAUGCCCCCGCACAUGUACUUCCCCAACUCGACCAUUAGGCGGCCAGCGAGCACUGAGCCUGAGAACUACGAACUGAAGCCGAGGCUGGGGGACAACGGGUGGUCUACUCCCGUGUAA